AUGGCCGUCCAGGACUCUUUCCUCCUCGCACUUUCUUCUACCAUCCUGACGCAGUCCCUUCCUUCAUGCCUCUCAGAUAGCUUCAUGGGUGCCUUCGGCGACCGCGCCGUCUUCCGGCUCACUGACGCUGACUGUGCCGUUGAGGCGUCUCAGGCAGGGCUGUUCGAUUCCAUGCUCGACAAUCUCCUCCUGCAGGACGAUAAAUCCGACCAUAGAAAACUUGUUUGGCUUCAGGAGGCCGCUAUUGACGACGCGCUCAGGACCACGGAGUACAAGCAGCAGGUGGACGAGUUUUUCAGGUUGCUAUCGGGCGCGGACAAUGGCUACGUGCCCAUUGAUUACGAGUUCCUCGGUACGCACUCUCCGGGACAGCAGGUCCUUACAUUCGACAGCGAAGGAGAACACGUCGUCACCCUCCUGCACCGUGAACCCACCUUCGCGCUGCUCUCGCUCCCCUCCUCCGCACCGGCCGGCCAAGUGCUAUCCUAUCUCCCACCCUACUGGAAACCACGCCCUCUCCCGGCGAACCCCCAACCACUCAUCCCCGUCCCUUCCGAUGCGAUCGAGCACGUGCGCGCGCUCCUCUCCAACCUAGCCUUCGACCCCGUCGUCGCGUCGCUCGUGUACGACAUCUCCGUCCCACACAUGCGGCGCGACAUCCGGUGGCUCACUGGCGAGGACCCCGCGUCGCCCAUCGUCACAAGACACGCGUUCUCUGGCGGCGCGCGCACUGCCGCCAAGUGGCUCAAGGAGCGGUUCGAGGAGACGGGCGCGACGUGUGAGUUGAGGGAAUUUUUGGAGGGUUUCGCCCCGAAUGUGGUUUGCAAGUACCCUUCAACGGUUAAUACCACUGCCACGGUCCUCAUCUCCGCGCACUACGACUCGCGUGGCUCAUUUGGCUUCCAAAGGGCUCCGGGCGGUGACGACGACGGCUCCGGCACAAUCGCUCUCCUCAGCAUUGCCCGUGCCAUCGCCAAGCGCAGUGUCACCUUCCAGAGCAACGUCGAGCUCGUCGCCUUCGCUGGCGAGGAGCAAGGUCUGCUUGGGUCUAAGGCAUACGCUCAGGAGCUCCGCGAGCGCAACGCGAACAUCACGACCAUGAUCCAGGCAGACAUGCUCGGGUACCACGUCGCGAGCGAGCCUGCGCAGCUCGGGCUGCCUGACGUCAUCGGCACCCGUGAAGUAGCAGACCUCGUCACGAAGAUCUCGGCGAUAUACAGCCCCGAGCUGAGGGUCGGAAUUACGCCUGCGUGCUGCAGCGACCACCAGUCGUUCCACCAGCAAGGAUUCCCCGCGACGCAGGUGUUCGAGCGCGCCGGACCGAUCGCGGACCCGAUGUAUCACAACAGCGGUGAUGUGAGCGACCGCCCGGGGUACGACUUCGAGCAAAUCCGGUCGAUUGCCAAGGUGCAGUUUGCGACGCUGCUGCAUGCCGCGGGGUACGAUGUUCCGAGUUACGAGAACCUCGAUUAG